AUGACACUGGCCCACGAAACUGUUCCCGGUACGGAGGUCUACGGACCUGGCACUUUCAUCGACAAGAAUGUGCUUCCAGUGCCUGUAGACGCUCGUCGGGUGUUUGAGCUUCUCGCCUCUCGAACCCCUGGAUUUACCCAGAACAAAGCACUAUGGGAUACUGUCCACUUCGAAGGACGACCUGAGCCUAUGGUUCAAGGUCCGAUCAAAUCACCCGUCAUGGCAGCUGCGCUUCAUGCCAUGGGAGGAGUGGUGGCUAAUGAGCUUCUCGAACUGCGUGAUGAAAAGCCCGCGACGGAGAAUAGUGUGACAGUCAAUACCGACCAUGCAGGUAUUUGGCUCGGAUCUGUGUUCACCACGUACAUAAAUGGCUCCGAUGUAUCCGCCCUGGCACGGUCAGGAAAGUUGAGUUCACUCUUCGAACGGAAUUAUGAACAAGGCUUUGGCAAGGGGAUAGCAAGCCGGGCAACCGCUAUUUACCAAACAAAAGAUCCCAAAGUGUGGUACCAGCUUCAUGGUUCACUCGACGCAAACGCUGCUCUUCGGACAAUGGGAAUCAACCCUGAUGUGACUUUCAGCACACCCCAACAAUACUAUGACUAUAUCCAAGGGCAUAUCAUCAAGUGGUCGCCCGAUGAGCUUGAAAUGCACAAUGUGCGUCAUGGUCUGUGUGGAAGCAUCUGCUACUCUCCGGAGGGCUGGAGGAAGACGGAGUUUGGUAAACGCCUGUCCAGACACCCUCUGGUCAACGUGACAGCCGAAACAUAUGCCAAGUCUACACCUCCAAUCCCUUUGGUCAAGGGUCUAUCUGACAAGCGGCCACUUGCCGGGAUUAAGGUCCUAGAGAUGGUACGUAUCAUUGCUGGACCGCAGAUCGGCGUUACCUUGGCAUCCUACGGGGCGGACGUGAUCCGUGUGAAUUGUAGCAGAUUAGUUGACCUUAACGCACUCCAGCUCACACUGAAUGCGGGGAAGCGGACAAUUGACCUCGACAUCACUAAGCCGGAAGACACGGAACGACUGCAAGAACUGCUUGCAGAUGUUGAUAUUUUCAUCCAAGGGUUCAGAAUGGGUUCCCUGGAGCGUAAAGGGCUGGGGCUCCGCAACUUGCUGGAGAUAGCAGCUAAGAGAAACAAGGGAAUCAUCUAUGUCGACGAGAACUGUUACGGUCCAGAUGGCCCAUUCCAUGAACGUCCUGGUUGGCAGCAGAUUGGAGAUGCGGCAUCUGGAAGCGAGUAUGUAAUGGGUCGAUCACAAGGUUAUGAGGAAGGAAAGAGUGUAUUGCCACCACUCCCUGUGUCUGAUAUGAUAACGGGCAUUGUUGGUGCAGUUGGUGCCAUGAUUGCGGUAAAGAGACGGGCAGUUGAAGGCGGCUCAUAUCACAUCACUAGCUCCUUGGUUGCUGCUGAUGCAGUUGCAUUGGAGAAGGAAGUAGGAUUAUACCCCCCUGAGGUGGUACGAGACACGGUCGAACGAUUUGGGUUCAAGGAGAUUACUCCUGAUCAAUACGUUUCCGAAGUCCUGAUCCCAGUCAUUGACGGUUGGAAGAGAGGAUUGCCUCAUGAUUUGGACGAGGACUCUAGGUUCAUGACGACAUUCAAGGACCCAGGACCAUGGGGACGCCAGACUCUCUUGAAGCCUGUUGCAAAAUUAGGUCUUGAGGAGUCGACGCCAAGAUGGACUUCUCCUCCUGUCCCGCACUGCCAUCAUGGUAGGGACAUCAGUUGGCUUUGA